AUGGAUAUUGGUGUGGUUACACCUGUAAUGGAUGGAAUGAACUUGGUAGCCAAAGAAAUGAUUGUUUGCAAUCCAAAUGCUUCCCUAAUUCUUUCCGAAGGAGCUGGGACACAUCACCAAUUUUUAGAAAAUAAAUUGGCAGACAAUUACCAUUUGGUAUGUUGA